UGUUUAGUGUGGAGUAAACACCCCCGGUUGUAUUCGCCAAAGGAAAACGACCUUCGCCAGAUAAUGUGGUCGAGCCGCAUUAUACCAUCCACGCCCUGCAGGGGAAAUACGUCACAAACCAUACGGUGCCUACCCACGACAACAGUCAUUCACGUGGGGGUCGCCGGCCAAUCAGGGGCUGGGAGACCUAUACACGAGGAGCGCGUGACGUUUCAAUCCUUUUAUAGCAGUCACCCUAUUUACUUUAUCGACCCCCACCCUGCCGACAAGUUUCUAGGGUCGGGAUUUUUCACAUACUUAGGACAGAAGUCCCCAUUGUGAAGUUUGGCACACUAGACAAGUGUGAGGUUAGGGCAGCAUGUCCUCUAUCCAGCCGGGGAAUGCCUCAGAGUGGCAGCUCUACCGCGUUCUUCAGAGGAGUAAUUUACUACAGUAUUACGACACAUUUAUAGCACAGGGUGGAGAUGAUGUACAGCAGUUGUGUGAAGCUGGGGAGGAAGAAUUUCUGGAGAUCAUGGCUCUGGUUGGAAUGGCCAGUAAACCCCUCCAUGUACGGCGGCUACAGAAGGCUCUGCAGGAAUUUGUACAAAAUCCGGCAUCCUUUCAGAGCUCUGUUUCUCCAGCAUCUGCCCUUGUGGCAUCCCAGACAAUCACUACCCCCUCAUCACACCUGGCUACCAUGGUAACCACAGUCCCUAAGAUAGAGUCCUCCCAACCUGUGUAUCCAACAGUUACAAUGACCAAUAGUUCCUCCACGGCGGGGUGGGCCCCAAGUGUCAGUCCAGGACCGACCACUACCAACUCCAACUCAUCUCACGAAAGUGACAGCAAAGAACUGUCUAUACAGACAGACAAACAGCAAAUGAGGUCCUCCACAUCUCCGACUCCUACCCCCAUUCUGGUGGAGAGUCAGAUAAAUGCCAUCGCUCAGGCUGCAGCCAGACUUGCCAAAGAGUUACCUCCCUUUGAUAUGAAGAAACUAAACAUGAAGAAACCUAUUAACAAAGAAAUUAUGCAAUUAAUCAACAGUAUAUCAGAGGAUGAUCCUAAUAGAAUGGAGCAGUUACGAAGAUAUGCCGCAAUAUAUGGUCGCUUUGACUCUAAGCGGAAGUCGGAGAAACCAAUGUCUUUACAUGAGAUCUCAGUAAAUGAAGCAGCCGCCCAGCUCUGCAGACAUAUGCCCUCACUGUUAACAAGGAGAGAAGACCUGUUCCCAUUGGCUCGUCAAGUAGUUCGUGACAGUGGUUACCAGUACUCAAAGGGACAUUCCAGGGCAUCAGACAUGUUAACUCUGCCUUCAACCAAGAGAUUGAAUGACCUGAUGUUAAGUGGAGUUUCGGGGGGAUCAAGUGGGGGGAAGAAGAAGUUAGACAGUGGUUUCCUACAGAUGUAUGUCAAUCUUUGUGAGAGUAAUCCAAGCAUGGUCAAAAACCCAGAGGACUCGGAAAAAAUGACUCGUUUGAUGGCAGAGUUAACUGUUGUUACUCACAACCAAGAAAUGCUCAAAACUCAAUUAAAUACGGCAAAGGAAAACAACGAUAUGGACCUAGUGAACUCACUACAGAGCCAAAUAGAACAGGUCACCGCACAACAGCUCCAGCUGUACACAGAACAGAGUGAACUCAUCCGUAAACAGAGGAGGUUCACUAUGGGUACAGGAUUUGAUGAGGAUACAGGUUCAGAUUUUCCAAGUGGAGCUUCAUCACCAAACAAUUCUGGAGAUGGUGAGGAUUUCAAUCAACAGAUCAGACAACAUCUAUAUGCAUCUGGGGAGAUCUUAAAAUCCAAGCCAGCCAUGCAAAACACAUUAUUUGAUGAAGGAAUGCGAAUAGCACAACAGUUUGGAUUGGCUGAUUUUGCAGAGGAAUUAAAAGGCAUGGCCGACACAAGCCCGGAGGACGAAACAAAGGAAAUUACAGACCCUGUGAAAAGGAAAGCAGACUCUUUAAAUGAUGGUGAAAAUGGAGACUCACCAGCGGAAAAAAUGUCUAAAAAGUUGAGAGCUGAGGUGAAUGGAAGGGAGGAAGAAGAAGAAAAUAGCUAAUUGUUGUUUUAUCUAGAUUGUUAUACAUUCAUAUAUCUGUUGUUAUAAUUGUCUCAUUUUGUUUUCUUUGUAUACCUUUGGCAAAGGUAAAGGAAGGUAAUCAAAUUUAUCAUUAAUCAUGUCAUUAUAAAUGUGAUGCCAACUUUCUGCAAGCUGACCGUUCAUCAUUCUUAUUUAAUGCCAAUGCACUAACUGUCAUAGUUAUUGUACACAACAGUUAUCUCCUCAAACAAAUCAUUUAAAUUCAUGGCUGUGACUUGCUUGUGUUCUAUAUUUUGUUCAGUAUUUUAUCCUUGAAGGGGGUCUCAAUUGUUCAUAUUCAUGAAAAUAUAAGAGUUCAUUUUCAACCAAAGGAUAUGGAUUAAAUACUAUUAUUCCACAUAGUAGUGUUUUUCAUGUUAUUUGCAAUACCGAUAAUUAUCUUUGGGACUGUAAAUUUAAAAGACAACACAAAACAGAAAACUUAGUAGGAAAGAUAAAGAAAAUUAUGCUAUUAUAUAAGAGUCAAUAGUUGCUAAAAUAAUUCUGUGUUAAUAUUGAUAUAUCUGAUUGGCAAACAUUAUGGAGAAAUGAAUUGGAGUACUGUUCAAUCAAAUGUUUGAUAAUCAUGUACUGAUUUUGUGAAUUGUGUGUUUGUUUUAUGAACAUUUUAUUUUUGUGAUGAAAGAAAUCCUAUGUUUAAUAUUCCUAUUAAAGUAGAUGAUUGCCUACCGAUUAAGAACUUUUAAUUAAUGUAAUGAUACUAAUAUAAGUAUAAUUCCAAAGGUGUAUACAUUAUUUUAUUGCCAUCUAAUGGUAAAGAUUUCGUAGUUAAACAGUAUCACUGUGUCUAACACAAUAGGUCACUUAGGUUUGAAAAAUGUUUCUGCAGAGUAUGUGUUGUCACUCUUUUCUGCAUUCAGAUAAAAAAUCAUGACAUGUACAUGUAUAUCCACAACUGUUGUCAGGAGAUGUGUUACUAUUAUUAUUAUUUAUUUUCAAUGUUUUCUUUUCAUUAAAAAAGCCAGAAAGCUGA